AUGUCAAAUGAUAAUGACCGUCUUCGUGAAUUUAUAUCUUCACCAGUUGAUCUAGAGAAAUUUCUCGAUGAUGCAAUAAGUUUGAAAGGACGUUUAGCAUCGUUUGUUGCUUCACAUCCUAUUGACGAUAAUAGUCUUGAUCCCGUGAUUAAUAUAGCAAAGUCAUUGGGCGAUUAUCGCCAGCAUGAACCAACGAACGAAGCCACUCGAGUAGAAAAUGAAGUUGAAGAAGAACAAGAACAAGACGACGAAGACGACAACGACGAUGAAGACACAACAUCGAGUACGUGGCGUAUAAGACGAAAAAAGAAAAAACUUGAUCCGAUUAUUUUAAAUAAUCUUAAAUCAUAUCCGGCGUGCAUUGAAUAUUUAUAUAAAGAAUUUAGUCAAUCACGUCCGCAUGCAUCACAUGAUACAGCGUUUUUAAAAAAUAUCCGCGAAUCAAAUCAAGCACCGUCGAAUAUAGAUGACGAAAGGCUUGUGUUAAAUUUACAAAUAUUUUUUCCUAUUGAAUCCCGUGAUCGUUAUCGUCAUCAGUUAAUGAACGAACUUAUUUGUUUAUCAACAUUAACAUUAGCACAAAUACGCGAUGCGAUUGAAUGUGUCAGUGACGAACAAAUUCUCGGUGAAUAUUCAGAAAAUCCAGAUCAGAUAAAAACUCACGGGCAACGUGCUGGCGAUGAAAAUACGGCGGCUUGUUUUAUAAUUGAAUCGGUGAUAUAUGAUGAUUUGCGUCGAACCGACAUGCGUUUAAGUGAGAAAAUAAUUGAGCAAACAAAUACAACUUAUACUCAAGGCAAUACAAUGGAAACGACGACUUUAAAUGAUCUUAAACUUCUGCAACUUGGAAAGCCAUACGUUUAUUUACAUCAAACAAAUUGCGAACAUGUCGUUGUAUUCAGUGAGUUGAAAUUACUUGAACAGGACCAAUGCCAUGAUGCAAAUCUCUAUCCAUUGUGUCGAAUGAAAUAUCAUGGCCGAUUCUCCUAUUGUUUUCUGUGCAAUGUAUUCUAUGCCAAAUGGCUCAUUCGAGAUUCACCUUUGAUACCUGAUGAUCCAUGUUUGCUGUGUGAACGAUGCUUUAGAGCAUGUCAUUACGAUAAAGACGGAAAUAAAGUUGGACAAUUUCUUGCAUAUCAUUUUCCACAAUUGUAA